AUGAUGACUAUUGGUAAUACUGUUGCAUUGACUAUAUUGUUCAUGUUUCUUAUUCAAAUCUCACCAAUACAAACAAUUGCUUGCUACACAUGUAUUGAUUGUGGUGAUCCAUUUGAUGUUCAAACAUCUAAUGCCGGUCAAAGUCUACCAGUUUGUGCAUACUGUUAUAAAUUGACUGUAUAUAUGGCAUAUGCACCAACACGUUAUGUAGUUAAAGAAUGUGUUCAAUCAUGUAAUGAAUCAGGUUAUUUAUUUGGUGGUUCAUCACUUCAAGUUAAUUGUUGUACAUCAUCAUUUUGCAACGAUGCAUUAGGAAUGUCUACAUUGAGAAAUAUAUUUAUUAUAAUUUCUGCCAUAUUUUUAUUAUUUUUUAUUGGCAAUAUCAAAUAA